UUUUUGUUGUCCCUUACAAUUAAAAUACUUCAUCGAUAUAGUAGUUAUACGAAAAUAAAAAAUGGCAAAACGAGUUGAAUAAAAUGUUAGACAAAACAAAUCGAAAUUAUUAUCAAAUUUUUUGAAAAAAAAAAGUAAAAACUGACUAUAAAAUCGAGAGUGAAAUAUUGAAAAGACAACAGUUUUAUUUGAAAACUUUAACAAACCACACAAAAUCACCAUGAAAUUCUUCAUCGUAUUUGCCUGCGUUUUGGCUGUUGUUGCCGCCAACGAAGAAGCCAAUGUCCUCCGUAGCGAAGCUGAAGUCAAUGUUGACAACUUCAAAUACGCUUAUGAAUUCGACAACAGCAUUAAGGCUGAACAAGCUGGUCAAUUGAAGGGUGAAGAUGUCUGGGAAGUCAAGGGCCAAUACUCUUACACCUCCCCCGAAGGUGAACAAGUUUCUUUGCAAUACACCGCUGACGAAAACGGUUACCAUGUCGAUGCCGCCAACCCCUUGUUGCCCACUCCCCCACCAAUCCCAGAACACAUCCUCAAGGCUAUUGAAUACAUCAAGGCUCACCCCUCCAAGGAACAAUAAGCGAAGUCAUUAAGACUUUUGUUGUUUGUUAAAAAAUCAUGGUUGAAAUAAAUUUUUUGUUAAAAAAUAGUUAAAAAAGUAAA